GAGGUUCGGUUCGGCAGGUGGGGCUGUGUGCGCGGACGGAACCAUGGCGGCCAAAAGUUCGGACGGGUCCAUUAAAUGGCAGCUCUGCUACGACAUCUCAGCCCGGACCUGGUGGAUGGAUGAGUUCCAUCCUUUCAUCGAGGCCCUGCUGCCCCACGUCCGGGCCUUCGCCUACACCUGGUUCAACCUUCAGGCCCGGAAGAGGAAGUACUUCAAGAAGCACGAGAAGCGGAUGUCCAAGGAGGAGGAGCGCGCUGUGAAGGACGAGCUGCUGGGCGAGAAGCCGGAGGUCAAACAGAAGUGGGCGUCCCGCCUUCUGGCCAAGCUCCGCAAGGACAUACGACCCGAGUUCAGGGAGGACUUUGUCCUGACGGUGACGGGGAAGAAGGCGCCGUGCUGCGUGCUGUCCAACCCGGACCAGAAGGGCAAGAUGAGGCGGAUCGACUGCUUGCGGCAGGCGGACAAGGUCUGGAGGCUGGACCUGGUCAUGGUGAUCCUGUUCAAAGGGAUUCCUCUGGAGAGCACCGACGGCGAGCGCCUCGUCAAGUCCCCGCAGUGCUCCAACCCAAGUCUCUGUGUGCAGCCGCACCACAUUGGGGUCUCUGUCAAGGAGCUGGACCUGUACCUGGCCUACUUUGUCCACUCAGCUGAAACCGGCCAAUCAGAAAGCCCUAACCAGGCCAACGACUCAGAUGUCAAGGAGCAGCCGGAGAACGGUCACCUGGGCUUCCAGGACAGCUUCGUCACACCUGGAGUCUUCACCGUGGCCGAGCUCGUCCGCGUCUCACAGACACCCAUCGCAGCUGGAACCGGGCCCAACUUCUCUCUGGCGGACCUGGACAGCUCCUCCUACUACAGCAUGAGCCCAGGAGCCAUGAGAAGACCCCUGCCGAGCACCUCCUCCUCCAGCUCUGCCAAGAGAAUAAAGUGCAUGGAGGAGGACGUGGACAGUCCGGGUGAGGAGUCCUACUACCCGGGCCAAGGCCGAUCUCCGAGCGGCAGCUGGCACGACGUGGAGCCAGCUGGAUAUAAGCUACGUGGCUCUCUAGCUAGCUCGUUCAUCUCCCGACAAGGGACGAUGUCACCCGCUGGCAUUCUAAAGAGGUCAGAGAGGUCCGGUUUCUGCGGCCCAGAACCUUCGUCGGGCGGCGCAUCCUCUUCCUCCUCCUCUUCCUCCUCCUCUCCCCGAAUGGCUUUCACACACCACCACCGGCCCGUCAUUACCGGGCCUCGAGGUGAGGUCCAGAACCAGCCCCCCCCCCACCUCCCCAUGUCUUCCCCUCCUCAGUCGGUCCGCCAGUUUGGUGAACAAGUUCUGAUCCGUUUGAGAAUCGUUCACCUGAAAGAGAUCCGCUUUCAGCCCACAGUUCAGAACCGGCUGGCGGCCCAGUUCUGGGAGACCAGCAGCAGCUCCGGUCACACCAGAACCAGAGUCCAAGCUGAGAACCACAUGACGACCGGUGCUGACACCAGAACUCUGAUCCAGAGCUUCCUCUAA